AUGUCAAAGUCUGGCGCAGGAAUGCAUGUCCUCCUGACAGGCGCAAAUGGAUUCGUAGCUUCCCAUAUUCUAUUCAUCUUGAUCGAGCGAGGGUAUGCUGUUACCGCGACAGUGCGAUCUCAAUCCAAAGCCGACGACAUCAUCAAAACGCACCCAUCCUGGAAAGACAAGGUCGAAUUUGCUGUUGUGGCGGACUUCACCUCCGAGGAACCCUUCGAUGAUCUUUUCCGACACGCGAAAAAGCCCUUCAACUAUGUCAUCCAUGCCGCCUCGCCGGCGAACUUCGAAGCCUCGGAUAUCCAGAAGGAGGUAAUCGAACCGGCUGAGAUGGGAACUACUGAAAUUCUCAAAGCUACGCAUGAAUACGGUGGGCCUACUAUCAAGCGAUUUAUCAUCCUCAGUAGUGCGGUUGCCGUGAUGAAUUCAUUUGAAGAUUUGACGAAAGAGGGCAAGCCAUAUACAGAGAAAGAUUGGAAUCCGGUCACCGCCGAGCAAGCAAUCGAGCGACAUGACCCCGUUCUAGGCUACAAUGUUUCCAAGAUCCGAGCGGAAUCAUUGGCUUGGGAAUAUAUGAAGCAGAACAAGCCUUCCUUUGACCUAACUGUCAUCAAUCCAGAUAUCAUCACCGGUCCAAUGAUCCACCCUAUAAACGGCCCGGGUUCCAUCAACUCGACGAAUCAAUUUGCUGUGAGUAGCUUUAUUGAUGGAACCCACAAGCAGAUAGAAGGGGUCAAGUUCCCAUAUUAUCAUUCUGUAGACAUCCGCGACGUAGCGCGCAGUCAUGUCGAUGCGCUAAGCAACCCAGCAGCAUCGAAUCAGCGUAUCCUGCUCAUCGCAGGGCUCAUUACUCCACAGAUGGUGGCCAACACUAUCCGUGAGAAUUUCCCUCAGCUCAGGGACAGAGUGCCAAAAGGAAACCCUGACCAGACCUUGCCUACGGGGGUUCGGCCGACGGGGUGGGAUAUGCGCGUUAGUUUGGAUAUUCUGGCCAAAGGGACAAAGGAAGGACGGUGGGAUUAUAUUAAUGUGAAAACCAGUAUUGUUGAUGCGGUCAAGUCGAUGUUUGAACUCGGUGUUAUCUGAGGGUCAGCUAGUUUUGCUGUGGAUGCUGUGUGUCUGAGGCAGGGAUCUGUUGAGAAACCCACGUCGUGCGUUGCGAUUCGCUCGUCUGGAGUGGGAGGCUGUGAAGCAGUCAUUCCGACAAUAAAAUGUCUUUGUGGUGAGAGCAUAGGUUAGUAUGACGUUCAAUGCCGAGUCUCCGUAACUUGAGCAAAAGGCUAUUCACGUCGAGGGCUAUAUGAUCAAUUCUUGCGUACUUGGAGUUGAAAAUUCCCACGUAUACUUCUGUCACGUCCCAAGCCAAAUUGUUUAUGAAAUCGUACUGAG